CCCUUUCACUUCCUGCUUCCUAUCCUACUGUCUGUUUUGAGGAUUGUGUGGCUGCCGAAAAUCGGUUGCAUCUCGCUAACAAACAGAAUGGGCUACAAAUGACAGAGUUCUGAGUACUAUUUCAUGCCAAUCUUGUCAAUACACCUGCCAAAAGCAUCUGAUCUUAAUCAUCUGUGUAAAUGUAAGCGGUUGGGAAAACUGCUACCUCGACAUCAACGAUGCAGUUCUCUCCCACCAACGGAGAUUUUACCUUCGUCUCUUCGGCUGGAGCUGAAGAGCUGAGUGGUACAAUCGAUGCUCCAGCAGAUAUUAAGCUGAACAUGGGCAGCGAUACAAAAGAUGCAUAUGCCACCACCUUUCUGAGACAGCGAGGGUAUGGGUGGCUACUGGAAGUCGAAGAGGAGGACUCGGAAGACACCAAGCCCCUUCUAGAAGAGCUCGACAUUGACUUGAAGGAUAUCUACUACAAGAUUCGCUGUGUGCUGAUGCCAAUGCCCUCUCUGGGCUUCAACCGACAAGUUGUGCGAGAUAACCCUGACUUUUGGGGGCCUCUGGCCGUCGUCUUACUCUUCUCCAUGAUCUCAAUUUAUGGCCAGUUCAGGGUUGUCUCUUGGAUCAUUACAAUUUGGAUAUUUGGAUCGUUGACCAUUUUUCUGCUAGCAAGAGUCCUCGGUGGAGAGGUUUCUUAUGGACAGGUUCUUGGAGUGAUUGGAUACUCACUGUUGCCACUCAUCGUCAUAGCCCCUUUGCUAUUGGUCAUCGGGGGAUUUGAUAUUGUUUCAACACUAGUUAAGCUGUUUGGUGUAUUUUGGGCCGCCUACAGUGCUGCUUCUCUUCUUGUCGGAGACGAGUUCAAAACGAAGAAGCCGCUCCUCAUCUACCCCAUAUUCCUCCUGUACAUCUACUUCCUCUCCCUCUACACUGGUGUCUGACGAGGCACUGUAAAAUGGACAUUCUCCUGUAGCACCAUGACAAGUGGUGGAUAGUCCUCGAAGAAUAUGAAGCCCACCGGAUCGAUGGGCAAUGCUUUUUUUUUCCCUUUUAUGUUACUUUACUUUCUUUUUUUAAAAAGAAGAAAUAAGAUUAAUGUUUUUAUUACCCUGUGGACAGACUUGGAAAUAGGGGGUGAACGUUUAUUUGAUGCCAUGGUGUUAAAAUUCAUGCUAUUUUUUUUCACGAAAUAAAACACCAUUGCAUUUUAUUGUGUA